AUGUCAUUCUUUAGAUCAUUUUCCUCCAACAGUUCAUCAACGACAGUGAAUUAUCCCAAUUUAUCAGGUAAUAAGUCCAAAUAUACUCCAACAGCCUCCACACCACCAACCAAGAAGUCUUUAACUUACAUUCUCAACACAGAUACAGAUAGCUAUGCAAAUGGCAACCAUUCGAUUGGCGUGAAUUCUCUAAUUUACAAUAAAAACGACCAAUGUCUUAUUUCUGGUGGUCGAGAUGGGCAGAUCUCUGUUUGGUCCUUUGAUGAGGCAAAUGGCGAUGAUGAAAACCGUACAGAUUAUGGAUAUUCUCAAUUAAAGAGUCGAGAUGAUGUCAAGAAUUUCAUUAAUUCUAAUCUUGAAAAUGAUUCUGAAAUUGCCAAUAUAGAGGAAAGUAUAAAAGAGGGGUUGACGUCAUUUCGUAUCCGAGAGAGCACGUUGAGACCAAAACAUUUGUGCCAUUCUGAACUACAUCACUUUGGCUGGAUUAAUGACUUGAAACUAUUGGAUAAUACAACAACCGUGGCUUCGUGUUCCAACGAUUUAUCAAUCAAAUUAUGGGAUUAUCAGAAUGAUAUAAAACAUACACUGGGAACACAUGACGAUUAUAUUAAAAAGAUCGCCUUUACCAAUUACUACAAAAAUCAAUUGGUAUCAGGAGGUUUAGAUAAGAUAAUCAAAAUUUGGGAUGUUCAAAAGGGUGAAGUUAUAAAUUCACACUAUUUCACAGAGGUCAGCCACUCAGUUUACUCGCUGGAUACUCAUAAUGAUUUAAUAAUUGCUUCUGGUCCUUCAAACAUUGUCACUCUUUUUGAUAGGCGUGAUUUUACCAAACCCAUCAAACAAUUUAUAGGGCAUACAGAUAAUGUGCGAUCUUUGAUAUUGAAGGACCAGUGUUUCCUCUCGGGUUCUUCAGAUACCACAGUGAAGCUAUGGGAUUUACGUACCACGAGGGUUUUGAGAAACUUUGAUAUUCAUGAUACCCCUGUAUGGUCUUUACACGUUUCGCCUGAUGACAAUGAUAUUUCAACAUUUUAUUCAGCAGAUAAAACUGGUAUUUUGAUGAAGACAGAUUUAAGAUCUUCGGAUUUGACAAAUUCUGCUCAAAGUGGAUAUUUGCAGUAUAAAUUGAACGAACAGUCAGGCAUAACCACGGUAGUUGCUGAUGUGAAUUUGAAUCAUACAAUUGAUGAGCCAGCCAAUAGUUCUUCAUGUGGCAUAAACGAUAUUGUCGAAAUCCCACAAUUAGGCACUGUAUGGACAGCUACUUCUUCUAGUAUCCAUAAUACGAACACAAACUUUAUAAAUAGUUGGUGUAUCCCCGAUACAACUAAAUUCAUUAUUCAUCAGAGUCUUUUGUUGAACAAGAAGAUUGCAAAACUAUAUGGACAUGGUGAGAACGAAGGCAAUGGUGAAUCAAAAUCAAUAGCGAGUAUUCAUGACACGGAUGAUUUGGUGAGUCAGCUAAGUGGUGAUGAUUUGGACCAUAUCGAUAAUGCGCUAUUUUCCAAUACACCGGGGUUGGAUAACAUAUUUGACGAUGCUAAAAUGGCUAAUGAUUUAGACGGCGGUGUAGACUAUUCUGGUAUUAGAGAAGGUGACGAUGAUACCAGCUCCUUGGAAACAAGCAAUUUAUCUGGCCAGUCGUACUUACCAGCCACUUGCUUUAUGGGAUUAUUAGGGAACUUAAAUACACAGUACUUGAUGUAUGAUGAUUCAAUUAUCGAGGAGAAAGAUGAGAUUAACCAAUAUGACCCCUUUACUGAGGUAGAUACUGAGUGGGUAUCUAGUAAGACUAGGAGGAUUUCAAUCAACAAUCACUUUAUUGCUGAAGAAGAGAUGAUUUUAGUUCCGUUUAAUGAAAAAUCAAUCUCCAACAUUGCAGGUACAAGCGGACUAGUAAAAUGUAAAGUUUUGAACAACAGAAGACACGUUGCAGCGAUGGACCAGAGCGGGUGUGUCUAUGUAUUUGAUAUUCUAUUAAAUAGAAUGAUCCAACGUGUUGACUCGACGUUGUCUGUAAACAGUAUCCCCUCAGUGGAACAUGUUUGGAAGCAGGAACAAGAUGAAAUUAUUGAAGAUCCGGAUUUCUCGUUGUCAGAGAGAUUUGAAGCGAUUUGCGAAAAGAUACAAACACAAGAGACAUUGCCACCUUGGUGUACAGCACAAGUUAAAUCUGGCAAAUUAUUUAUCACAAUUAAGGAAAAUGAUUUCUCAAAUUGUGAAAUCUACGGUGAUGAUUUCCAAAAUUAUUACGGAGAUGUCAUGGGAAGCGGAAAUCCACCAAGGAGAGUUAAUUUAGGUAAGGUUUUAGUGAAAUCGAUGUUCGGGGGUUUUGUCAAUACCACCCUUUCCAACCAUAACAUCGAGCUUGAGCCUGUUGAAAGUUAUAGUUCUCUUUCGAGUAAAGACUCAACACAAAUUAGUGUUAUACAACCACCUCCACCACCUAACCAUGUGAAAAUUCCUCAGCCGGCACCACAGACACGUAAUAAUGCACUUGAGAAAAGUAGUAAAAGAGGAUUAUUUGGUCGUUUGAAAGGCAAGAAGGACAAUUCAACAUCUAGUGUCAAUUUAAACACCAGCUCAAAUUCCGGUACCUCUACACCCAACUCUUCACGCCCAAGCACUCCAAUUAAUACCCCUUCAAAUAUUCGACUGAAUAAGUAUCUGGAGCGCAUCCAGCAAUGCCAGAAAUCCAAUGAAUUGAUUAGGUACUUAGAGAUAAACCCUGACAUGAUGUCGUAUAUGAAGAUGCAAGAAGGAUGGGAUGAGAGGGAAAGGGAAGACAAUAGAAUUCCCAGAGUGGAUUAUCAUAAUGACAAAUCCACCCUUGUAAUUAUCAAUGACGAAGUCACUCAUGAAUCAAGACCUGCAUUCAGAAUACACCUUGAAAAAAUUGUCAACGGAACAUUGAGUGAUAAAGAAACUGAAAAAUUAUUAGAGAAUUUACCUGUAUGGGUCCUUAAAGGAUUGGUUUUCCACAUAUAUCCAAUAGCUUCAAUGCCUCCACAAAAGAUCGGAUUUACUGUAGCACCUGAAGAAGGGAGUGGAUUAGAUCAAAUAGAUGGUGAAAAAUUGAGAUUGAAUUCGGUCGGAUUAUUACGUAUCUCAGGUAUAGCAGAGUUUAUCAAGAAUAAGUUACCUGGCAAUGAUACUGUUGAACUUACAUGUAAGGGCCAUCAGCUUUCACCAAAGGAUACAUUGGGUACUAUACGUGCCCGUGUAUGGCGUCAGGGUGGUGAUGUUGAAUUUAUCUAUAGGAAGCAAUAA